AUUCAGUCCCUCGUUGACCUAUCUACAGAAGCGAGAGAGAUGUGUGAAACGGUGGAGAAAGGUACCCAUGUACUCAAAUUUAUUCAAGUUGAAAGAAGAAAUUGAAGUAUAAGCUUGCAAAAGUAAGUUGAUUGCAAAGUAAAGAGCUUAGAAAGGGAGUCUGCUAAAGUCUGGUGUUGCUGGAAAUUUGAGGUUCUAUUGGAAACUCACAUUUCUCUAUAUAAAUUUCAUUACAUUGAUGUGCUCAAACCACAUACCUUCCUAUCUCAACAAAUCGACACAUCGAUGGCAUCUUUAUCAUCAUCUUCUCCUGCUCCAGUCAUUUCUUCUCAGUCAUGGAAGUAUGAUGUUUUUCUUAGCUUCAGAGGAGAAGAUACCCGCAAGACAUUUGUGGAUCAUCUCUACAUGGCUCUUGAACAACAAGGGAUCUAUACCUACAAGGACGACGAAACACUUCCUCGGGGCAAUUCAAUCCGUCCAUCCCUUUUGAAGGCUAUAGAAGAAUCUCAGAUUGCUGUUGUCAUAUUCUCUGAAAACUAUGCAGAUUCUUCAUGGUGCUUAGAUGAACUUGCAUGUAUUAUGAAAUGCAAGAAAACGAAAGGCCAAAUUGUUAUGCCCAUAUUUUAUGACGUGGAUCCCUCUGAAGUACGAAAAAAGAAACGAAAAUAUGGAGAAGCAUUUGACAACCAUGAGUUGGAGAACAAGAAGAAAAUUAAAUCUUGGAGACAAGCUUUUGUGGAUGACCCUUGGGGAUGGCUCUCUGCACCUCGAGAACAAAGCCGGAAAUACCAUGAAGCCUUGGCCAAGCAUCAGUUGGAGAACAACAAAAAGGUUGAAUCUUGGAGAAAAGCACUUGUGGAUGCAAGUAACAUUUCUGGAUGGGAUCCCAAGCAUGUUGCCAAUGGGCAUGAAGCAAAGGUCAUUAAAGAAAUUGUUGACCAAAUUUCACACAGCUUAAAACUAGUAAUUCCAAGUACAAAUGGCAAUCUGAUUGGAAUAACGGCUCGUGUUCAAGGUUUGAAAUCGGAGUUACGAAUUGGAUUGGGUGGUGUGCACAUGGUAGGGAUAUGGGGGGUUGGGGGUGGUGGUAAGACGACUCUUGCAUCUUCUGUUUAUAAUGAAAUAUCCAGGAAGUUUGAUGGCUGUUGCUUUGUAGAAAAUAUCCGGGAGGAAUCAAGUAAGAAUGGUUUGGAAAAGCUACAGGAAAAAAUUCUUUAUGGUAUUUUGAAACAAAAGCAAGUGCAGGCGGGGAGAGUUGAGGAAGGAAAACGAAUGAUAAUGAGUAGGUUAUGCCAUAGAAAGGUGUUGAUUGUUUCUGAUGAUGUCGAUUGCAUUGAACAACUAAAAGCGUUGGCUGGAUCACAUGAUUGGUUCGGUGAAGGAAGCCGAAUAAUUAUCACAACUAGAGAUGAGCAUGUAUUAACUGCUCACAGAGUAGAUGUGAUUCACAAUAUCAGCUUGUUAAACAAUGAUGAGGCUAUGGAGCUCUUUUGCAAGCAUGCACCCCAAGGUCACAAUCCUAUAGAAGAUUAUGAGCUUCUUUCAAAAGACGUGGUUGCUUAUGCUGGUGGGAUCCCAUUAGCACUUACAGUUCUUGGUUGUUUUCUAUGUGACAAAGGCAUUAAUGAGUGGAGGAGUGCAUUAGCCAGACUGAAAAAGAUCCCAGAUACCAAUAUUGUGGAAAAGCUAAAAAUCAGCUUUGAUGGACUUACAAAGGAUGAGAAAGAGUUGUUCCUUGAUAUUGCAUGUUUCUUUAGAGGACGGUAUAAAAAUGAAGGGAUGAUGACGAUGCUUGAUGCUUGUGGUUUUCACCCUGUUAUAGGCAUAAAGGUGUUGAUACAAAAGACUCUCAUAACCAUUUCAGAUGGAAGGUUUGAUAUGCAUGAUUUGGUGCAAGAAAUGGGACACCACAUUGUUAGAGGGGAACACCCUAGCAAUCCUGGAAAACAUAGUAGAAUUUGGAAGGAGGAAGAUGUUGUAAAAAUAUGUGCUAUGGAUGCAACGACGGAACUUGACAUGAUUGAAGCGAUAAGAUUUCAAGACAAUGGUUAUAGUUCAGUAGAACUUGUUCCUCAAAUUGUUGUGAACAUGAAAAACCUUCGGUGGAUUGACUGGAGAGGUAAUCUUGCAACUCCUUUUCCUACUAAAUUUCCAUCGGUGGAGCUUUGUUGUCUACGAUUGGAUGGCAUCUCGCACAAACAACUUUGGGAGGGUUAUAAGCAUCUGCCGAGUUUGAAAGUGAUGGAACUCUAUGGCUUGAAAAACUUAAUCAAGACACCAGAUUUUGAUGGACUUCCAAAUCUUGAAAGAUUUAUUCUUCAUGAUUCUCCGUAUAUAGAAGAGAUUCAUCCGUCAAUUCGACGCUUGAAAGUGAUGGAACUCUAUGGUUUGGAAAACCUAAUCAAGACACCAGAUUUUGAUGGACUUCCAAAUCUUGAAAGAUUCAUUCUUCAUGAUUCUCUGCAUAUAGAAGAGAUUCACCCAUCAAUUCAACGCUUGGAAAACCUUAUUUUCUUAUCUAUAGAUGAUUGUCCAAGUCUUAAGAUAUUUCCACCCGUUACCCAACUAAAUAAACUCAAGACCUUUUCGUUAUCAGAUUGCCCCAAAAUUGUUAAGCUCCAACAACAGAACAUGAACAAUUUACCCCAUCUUCAUUUGGAUAAUAGUGAAAAAGAAGUUGCAUCUUGUAAAAAAAAUUCUACCAACUUUUCUGUUACUUGCUUGACAUGUGGUGACACUGAAGUUAAGAAACCAAGAGAGGACUUCAUUGAUGUAGAAAAAUGUUGUUUAGAGGAGCCUUUUUUACCUCACAGCAACAUGAACCACCACACAAUGUUGCAGUUUUUUUCCAAAGGCUUAAGAAAUUUGCAUCUCUGGUACUGCAAUUUGGGAGAUAAAGAGACCCGCUCUGCUGUUUGGGAUUUACCUAACUUGGAAAAACUCAAUCUAUCAGGAAAUAAUUUUUCACAACUAAAUUUUAGUCUCUUUCGGCUUCCUCGGCUCAAAUGGCUCAAUGUGUCUGGCUGUGAAAAACUUGUAGAAUUGUCAGAGUUGCCAUCAAGUAUAGUCGUUCUUAUAGCAGAUUGGUGUUCAUCACUUGAAAGCCUUAGAGAUGUUUCAAACUGUAAGUUGUUGUGGAACCUCUCACUUCGGAUGGAGAACAAGCUUAGUCCACUUGUUGGUGACAUAUUACUAGACUCCAUGCUCCAGGGAAUUGCUCUUGAAGGUCAUUUUGUCAGUGUCGCUCUUGAUCAUCUGAAGAUUCCAAAAAGGUUUGUAGGUAGGCUGUUUAGGGGGAAAACAUUUACACUGCAUCUUCCACAUGAUUGGUACAAUGACUUUUCUGGGUUCUUAAUAUGCAUUGUAACCCACAUGAAAUCUCCACAUGUUGAUAUAAUUAUCAAACAACAGCCUGAUGAAGAUCCACCAUUUGAGCUUAUGCAAGAGUCAAAUGAAUAUGAUGGAAAAACAAUAUUCAUAGGAUAUGUUUCCUUUGGUUCAUUGAGGCAGAUCUCAUUGUUGACUUCACCAUACAAUAUCAUUUCAUUUUCCUUACACAGAGGAUAUGUGUGUUCAUUAGAAGCUGAGAGUUAUAUUGGAGCUGAGCUUGUUCCUAGGGUGAAUAAAGGUGAUCAGGUGCAAACAACAAAAGUAGCAGUAGAUUGCUCGGAAUUUUGGGACAAUGAACGUGAAGAUAGAAGUACAUUAACACUCCAAUAUGAUUCACAGUCUUGUAUCAUGAUCUUAUGGCAACCUUACUUCUGCCUACAGAAAGUAGUUGUGAAAGUGGGCGUACACAACGAUAGAGAAAAACAGAGGGCUAUGAAAACAGCUUCCAGCCUUGCAGGUCUUGAGUCCUCAGCUAUGAACAUGCACGACAAGAAAAUGACAUUGAUCGGAGACAUUCAUCCAGUUGAUACCGUCAGAAAACUUAGAAAGAUUUGCAACGCAGAGCUAGUGACUGUUGGACCAGCCAAGUACAAUCCUUUCAUGAUACAGAAUUAUUGUGUUCAAAUCGUAGAGGAAUAUCCCAAUGCUUGUGUUAUUUGCUGAGUUCUUAAAAGAUACCGGAAGCUUAAUUGCAAGAAAAGAUGCAUUAGGUACAUGUAUGUUGCAGUACUUUUCAAGAAUUCAUGUGAGUAAUGGUCAAUGUACAAGAAAAGAUGCUGCGGGUACAUGUGUAUGAGGUUGGCCUUGGAUUGGUAAAUACUAAAUACAUAUGGAUUAUCAAUUAGGUUGUUAUGGAAGUCAGCAGUCAUAGGUUUUCCUUAGAUCCUAGGGACUGGAAUUCGAAUGCAACUAAGAAUGAUGUGAAAACCACAGAAGUUGCUAGGGUCAUCAUGUUUAUUUUUUGCAUUAUUAUGGUUAAAUUUAAAUGAUUAGUGGUAUGAACCCAAUUCUACCAAAAUGACAUUUUCUAUCUUUUCCCUCC